AUGGGUCACUCCUCAUAUGCGGCAGAUGCUUUGAAGAAGGCUCAUGAACAGUUCACAGCCAAGAAUCCGCAAUCUUUGAAAGCCCAUCGGGAUGCUCACCAAAAUCUUCCCGGUGGCAAUACUAGAACGGUGCUACACGCCGAGCCAUUUCCUAUCACCUGGGUCCAAGGAAGCAAGAAUACACUAACGUCGAUUGACGGCGACGUGUAUACGGAUCUUCUGGGGGAGUUCAGCGCGGGGAUCUUUGGUCAUUCGGAACCGCGUAUCGCUGAAGCGGUCCGAAAAGCUUUGUUGGGCGGGUGGAAUUUUGGCGGAAACACGCUUCUGGAGAAGAAGUUUGCCGCCAAAGUGUGUCAACGAUUUGGGCCGGCAGGAAUUGAGAUGGUCCGCUUCACGAACUCCGGAACUGAGGCCAACACUACCGCUCUGAACGCCGCCGUCGCAAUCACCUCGAGACGAAAGAUCCUGGUUUUCAGCGGCGGAUACCAUGGCAGCACUUUGGUAUUUCCGAUGACACUGAUGAAAGGUUCUACGGCGGCGCCCAUGAACCUGCCACACGAGUUCGUGUUCGCACCGUAUAACAAUAUAAGCGAGACAAAGACGAUUGUCGAGAAAGUCGGUGGCAAUAACCUGGCUGCCGUUUUGGUCGAACCAGUCCAAGGAUCUGGAGGAUGCAGGCCUGCAACGGAUACAUUUAUGCAAUACCUGCGUCAACUCUGUGACGUGACCGGCGCACUCUUGGUUCUUGACGAGGUCAUGUCUUCACGCCUCGGCGUGUCGGGGUACAGUGCAAGCAUAGGGAUCAAAGGUGAUAUCGUCACCUUGGGCAAGUACGUUGGUGGCGGCAUGACUUUUGGUGCCUUUGGAGGUCGGAAGGAUAUCAUGGAACGAUUCGACCCGUCAAAAAACAAUCUGUUCCAUCCAGGAACCUACAACAACAAUGUGCUUACCAUGUCAGCUGGCAUGGUGGGACUUGAUAUCUACAACGCCGCCGAAGUUGAUCGUCUCAAUCAGCUCGGUCGAGACAUCAAGGCCAAAGUCCAACAGAUUCUAAUUGACGACAAGGUGUAUCCGCCCAUGAUCUCGAAAUCAUCGGCGGACGUGAUCGAGAUCGACAGCCUUGAUCACGAUUCCCUGUUUCAAAUGGACUGUGACAGAACACAAGCGUCGCCCGACCUCCCGUUGAUGUUCAUCACAGGUCGUGGAAGCAUGCUGAACGUGCGGUUUUCUGGGCCAGACGCUGCCUUCUGGCAAGCGCUUUACUAUCACCAUAUGCUUUCCAAGAAUAUCUAUAUUGCCACUCGUGGCUACACACCUUUGCAUUUACAAGUCACUCCGGAAGAUGCUCAGAGAUACGUGGAUGCUAUAGCCGAGUUUGUCCACCUACAUAAAGACCAGCUGCGCUGGCAUGAGUUGGCUAACGGCCGUAAAUGA